CAUAGACUACUAAGACUACUACGUCCCUGUGCCCAUUCAAUCUCAGCAUUCUAAAUUUAAAUAAUCUGUCCAAAAAUAGAUUUAAAUACCCCAUAGUUGAAAUUCGUCCCUAAAAUGCCUACCCGAACAUUCACACUGUCACGAUCCAGAACCCACGUUUGUUUGUAUGUAUCGCAAAAACUCAUUAGUUCAUGAACAAUUUAUCAGAUCUAACAUCUUUAUAUGAGACCAGCAAUUGUAGUGAUGCCAAAUUCACAAGGCGGUAUUGGAUGUUGUGGAUGUUUUAGGUGUUGUACUUGUGUCAAUGUGAACUUUUUAAAAACGGAAAUAGGAGUAGUCAAAACCUUAGAAGUUCUUUUGGGAAUGAUAUGCCACUCCUUGGUGCUGAAUUUUGGGACGCAGUAUGCUCUGACUAUAGGCUCCUCUUAUCAAUCCUUCCUGACCACAGCCUCGUGGAGUUUUUUGACGACAGGUUUACUUAUAUUAUGUUACCUUCUUUCACCUAGAUCCCUUGGAUUGAUUAGGCAAUCUUUAUUCGAAACAGCUUUCAAUGGUAUUGCAGCAUUCAGUUACAUUACAAGUUGUUCAUAUCUAGGGUAUGCUGUUAACAUGUUUUUACAGCCACUUGCCCUAAUGUCUACUGCAGUAAAUGCCUAUCCAGCUGUUAGUACUGCUUAUAUUCUCGGAUCAUUUGUAGGUCUUUUAUAUUUAUAUGAUGCUUGGAAGUCUUGGACGUAUUACAGGAAUUUUAUAUGAGUACAUCGUCGGAAAAAUAUAAUAAAUAUUUUUUAUUUUUGAUAUAUUUUCAUAAGAAAUGAAAUUAUUUUCCUUUAAAACUUUUGACUCAUCAUUCACUGAUGUGAAAAUAUGAUUUUAUAAAUAUAAGCCAAGUCGAGUGCAAUAUGUUUAUAAGAAUAUGGACUGUGUUAUAAAUAAAUCUGCCAUUUAUUUAA